AUGGUCGGACGAUGCGUUCGAGUGUGCCCUACCGUGCUUGGUCCGAGAGAUGGCUGUUCGCUCACUCAACUCGUCCGCUUUACCUCACCGCGCCUUCUACCAUUCUCCGCCGCGUGUUCCCAUCCACACCUACCUCCAAUACCCACCCCUUUCCGCGACACCGUUCCUAUUGUCACCCACAGACCCGAAGAACGACCCGUCGAUCGGCGGUACCGGUCGGCACUGGCACCGAGAACGAGCAGUCGCUCAAGGCUGGCCUCGCCCACGCGCCCUCCGCCGCGCUCGCGGGCAAACAACCGAUCGCGCUCAAGCCGUCGGCGUUGGCGCUCGCUACCACAACUCGAGGUCACCCUCUGACGAACGGUACCAAGCCCAUCAACGUGCUCGGUGUCAAGGUCAGUCGUUGUGUUUCAUUUGCAUGUGCUCGAGGUCGGGCGCGUCUCGCUGGCUCGCCACCGCGAUGGACGACGUGAUCGGCCCCGCUUGCUAUGCGGCGAGAAUGUGCGCUGACGUCGUCGAUCAUCACCCCCUUUCUCUCGUCUCGCGUGACGCCCACACACGUCUCGACCGAACAACAAACAACAACAACGACAACAUCGUGUCUCAUCUCGUCUGAUGUAUUGACUCGCACCACGAUCCGACCACUACAACGGUGCAUUUCCGAUUAUUUGUCAUCAAUAGUCUUCCAACGCGUCCACCGCGGGUGCCACCACCGCCGCGGCCACGGUCAACUUGCGCAAAAGGUCCGCCUUCGCCGACGUGACCAACGGUGCCAAAGCCAAGGCCGCAGCAACCGCACCAGCAUCUGCUACGACUGCUUCGGCGACGGCAUCGACGUCGAACCUUGACGCGGCACCUCAUGCCAGCUCAUCGACGACCACACGUCGGACGUACCGCACCCGCUCCUCGACAGGAGGAAGUGCGAUGAAAGACGAAGAGCACGACCACACCUCCGUAGGACCUUCGGACGAACUUGCACCCGAGGACUAUGAUGAUCAUGCGAUGGCCAUCGACGAGCCUGCCGCGACAGCAGCCCCCGUACGACAGAUUCGACCCAUGCGGAAAGUCUCGAUCGGCGGGAAGGUCAGCGCCGAAGCCUUCGUUGCGGCCACACGCCGCCCUGCACUGGCUCCAAAACGGGUCAACGCGUCCACCACCUCCACAACAACGGUGUCUCAUCGAUCAACGACCAUCGCCACCACGGCGACGAGCGCGGCGACACUACGUGCGAGGCAGCGACGAGAGCUAGCGGAAUUGGCGGCCAAGGCCGCUGCGGAUGAGCUUGAACUGGCGCGUCAAGAGGAGGCAGAAGCACAACACCGCAGCAAGAAGCUCAGGACGAGUGAACCCGAGUACCAUGAAUAUGAUGAUGAGGAAGACGCGGAUGCUUACGACGAGGCGGUCGAUGUUGCUGAGAAGCCCCCCGGACUCGAUCACAUGCCGGCCAAAGACGAGGGAUGGGAAGAUCUUGACGAAGGCGACGAGGAGGACCCGUUGAUGGUUUCAGCGUAUGUAGUAGAGGUGUACGAUUAUUUGAAGGAACUCGAGGUGAGUUGUCGCGAUUGCGUGCUUGAUGUGUGCCGCGACCUCACGUGACCUGUGCCACGCGCACCGGUCUUGCGACCGUCCUGCGCGCGUGCUCGCGUCUGAUGCGCGCUCGCUCACGCGACGCGGACAGGGGCUUUCAACUGCUGAGACUCAACACGCGUAGUCAACAGUGUUGACUGGUUCGAUGUUCUUUUACCUAUCUUGUAGCUCACAACGAUGCCCGAGACGGAUUACAUGGCGAACCAGAACGAGAUCACGUGGAAGAUGCGGGGCAUUCUCAUCGACUGGCUGGUCGAGAUUCACACCAAGUUCCGUCUGCUCCCCGAGACCAUCUUCCUGGCGACCAACAUCAUCGACCGUUUCUUGUCGACGCGAGUUGUGUCCCUGGUCAAGUUCCAGCUUGUCGGUGUCACGGCCUUAUUUAUCGCGGCCAAGUACGAGGAGGUCGUCUGCCCCUCGGUCGCCAACUUCCUCUACAUGACCGACGGCGGUUACGGCGACGACGAGAUUCUCAAAGCCGAGCGCUACGUCCUGUCAAUGAUCGAAUUCAAUCUCUCGUACCCGAAUCCGAUCAACUUCUUGCGCCGCAUCUCAAAAGCCGACGGAUACGACAUCCAGUCGCGCACGAUGGCCAAGUUCCUGAUGGAGAUUAGCAUUGUCGAUCACAAGUUUAUGGGUUGCCCGCCGAGCUUGAUCGCCGCUGCAGGGAACUGGCUGGCGCGUAAGGUCCUUGACAAGGGUCCAUGGGUGAGUCCUGCGACCGUAUCCCCGUGCCCCCGACCGUGGUGACGCAACGUGCGCGCAUGAGCGUGAGCUGACCAGCGAUGAUGAACUGUUACACAAUAGGAUGCCAAUCUGGUACACUACUCUGGUUACAGCGAGGAAGAGUUGAAGCCUACGGCCCAGCUUAUGCUGGAUUACGUCGUCCGCACGUCGCCAACGCUCUCGUCCGACAAGACACCGGCUAUGAUCAACAACCCGCUCCAGACGAGCCCGGCUGCGCACGAGGUUGAGCACCCCAACUUCAUCAAGAAGUACGCCGCCAAAAAGGUCAGUCGCAGACUCUGUCCUGAAGCCCGUGAAUCCUGUUGUGUAUGUCGAUCGAAGACUCACGCCGCGUGUUUUCUUACAGUUCUUCCGCGCAUCGACGCAAUGUCGCAAGUGGGCUGAGGAGCACUUUGGACCGACCGAGGUCUUCAACCCGAAGAAGCGCAAGGUCGAGCGCAUCGCACGACCAGCUCUGCUCUAG